AUGUCUUCAGCUACACCUCUCACACAACCGACCACAACACCCUCAGACCGUUUGUCCGAAAUGCUCGACUCCUCAGCCCGUGUCGAGGAACUAUCCUCUGCGCAGGAAGAAGAAAUACAAGAAGCAGACGACGACUCAGACUACGAGACCUCCUCCGACAGCGACGACGACGGACAGAAUGUACACGGCUGGAUGGCCUCGAAACUUGCGCCAAACCUACCCUUUUACUUUGCGUCUCCUGGCUCUCUGGUAGACGACUUGGAAACAUCAACAUCUGUUGCUCAGGAAAAGACAAUGAGAGAAGUCAUAGCUCUCAUGACGGGAAAAGAUCAGACAAUCUUCGACGUAAACACACAUGGUCUGCCACAUCUGCUGAAGAACAAGCAUACUGCUUUCCUGCGCACUAUUCUAGGAAAGUACCCGCCGCCAUUUCAGGUCAUGGAUGCUAGUCGACCUUGGCUGUUGUACUGGGCUCUGAAUGGACUAAGGACUUUGGGAGUGGAUGUCAGCGAGUACAAGCAAAGAUGCAUCGACACAUUUACACCUUUGCAGAAUCCAGAAGGUGGCUUUGGUGGUGGACACGGUCAUAUUUCUCAUGCAGCAGCGAGUUAUGCUGCUACUCUGAGUUUGGCGUUAGUUGGUGGCUUGGAUAUGAUUGAUCGAAGAGCCAUGUGGCAUUGGCUCGGUCAAGUUAAGAGCCCCUCCGGCGGCUUCAACAUGGCUGUCAAUGGCGAACAAGACGUCCGCGGCGCAUACUGCUGCAUGACAAUUCACACCCUCCUCCGCCUUCCUCUCACUUUACCACCUGCCUCUCCCGCUCGCCGCGCGGGUCUCGAGACUUUCACAUCAGAACUUGGCUCCUGGAUCAGUAAAUGCCAAACUUUCGAAGGAGGUCUAGGUGGUGCUCCAGACAAUGAAGCCCACGGCGCCUACGCCUUUUGCGUCCUCGCCUGCCUCUGUCUGCUCGACUCCCCUAGCAUCUCGAUCCCCAAAUACCUCGACGUCAAGCGCUUAACGCAUUGGUUGACUUCACGCCAAUGUGCACCAGAAGCAGGAUUCAGCGGUCGCACCAAUAAGCUAGUGGAUGCUUGUUACAGUCACUGGGUGGGUGGGUGUUUCUCCCUCCUUGAAUCUGCUCUUGGCUUGCCAAAAGACACAUAUCUUUGGGAUAGAGAGGCGCUGGUCAGGUAUACGUUAUCUUGCUCUCAGGCGAAGAAGGGUGGCCUUAGGGAUAAACCGAGUACGAGACCUGAUGGCUAUCAUACUAAUUACUCACUUGCUGGGCUUUCUGCUGCACAGUAUGUGUACCAGUAUGAAAGUAAGCAAGAGAAGGAAAGAGGGGAAGAGGAGGCAAUGAGUGCGGCAUUCAACUGGAGUUACGAGAAGCCCAGUGCAGAGCAGAGGAAACAGUGGUGUUUCGACGAGAGCGACUUGGUGGAAGCUGUUCAUCCCGUCUUUGUCUUGCCAUUCGACAUCGUCGAAGCAACAAGGAUGAAAUUCGCAGACAAGAUUGGUUUCUAG